AUGCAGCAGCAAGCUACGAAAGCAAGGGAAUGCGCAUCUCAGCUGAACGAGGCCAUAGAUGCUUCAGCUCCAGAGAUGUCCGUACCAUCCAGUGCCGACGCUGUAAAAGACUUGGAAAGUGCACUGAAGAAGACGAGUACAUCAGGCGUCCCUGGAGGCGAUCAUGGCGCAGCACCCUCAGCAGGAGGAACCAAUCCUACGGACUCAGGGGCCAAAAGAGCCCUUGAUAAAAUGAUGGGGGGGAAACUGCACACCGAAAACGCCUUCACCUCACUUGAAUUUAAAGCCGACAAGUGGGAGGCGUGGAUGGAAACUGUUGCUCCAGAGGCGAUGACAGACGCACAGGCAACGAAGUUUGCCGCAUAUCAAGAGCAGCUAAGGGCCAUUAAAGAGAAGCAGGAAACCGUGAGGGCAAAGCUUCAGGGGGAGUUGAAAAAAAUGAGGAACGAGCUCACCGCCACUGCAGCGCAGCUCCGUGCUGACCUUCAAAACCUGACAGACUGGAAGCUCGUCUAUGAGGAGGAAUUGUUACUCAAUGAGUUAGCAAGCGCACGACUCACGGAGACCAUAACGCAGGAGACCACAUGGAGGAAGACUGGAGCAGAACUGCGAGCGAGGCUCGAGGAAUCUAGAUCAGAUGUACAAAAAGCAACUCGAGAAGUUCAGAAGCAGCAGUGCGCUUGCUGGCUGCUAGAGGAUGAACGCACAGCCGCUCAGCGUGAGCAAAAAGAUAAGGCAGCUGCCUUAACAGCUGCGCUUGGGGCCGGACACGUGCCUUCCGAGGUGCUGGCAGUUGUCAGCAAACGCCUUGACGAUGCAUCAGCUCCACAGGAAGUUCAGGAACAGGGGAUUUCCACUGAAACAGGCGAAGAACCAGAGAAGGCUCUCAGGAGGGAAUGCGCUGCCUUGAGCUGCCGCCUGGACAUGGUAAUUGAUUCACUCAGGGCAGAACUUGGCACUGGGUCGGAAGGUCCUGUGUGCAAGCUUCUGGAGGCGUCCCGUGAUAAUGUCUACGCCCAGCGACGGCUAGUCCUUGCCUCUGAAGCGGCAGAAGCAGAGCAGCAGAAGCUGGCAUGCAUCAAAGCGAGAUUAGAACUGAGCCAGAAGGAAGAAGUAGCCCUUCGUCUCCAGCUGGAAGCGUCUUCGGAAGCCUGCGAAGAAGCUCAGCGCGACGUUGACUUGCUGCUGAGGGUCAAAAAAGGAAUUGUUGGGGAGCUCCCCUUGCCUAUCGCUGCUCUUCGCGAGCCCUUCGAUUUUUCAGAUUCGUGCCUCGUUAGCAAAGAGGCCGUGGAUAACUAUAAGCAAGAUAUCAUCUCAAGUGGACGGCAGAAGCUCAAGAUCCUUCAAGCCAUCAAGGUCAGAGGUUAA